AUGUCAUCUCAAUCCUCCUCGCACAGCUCACCCCUCAGUCUCACCGCCGUCAAACAAUCUCUCCUCUCACCACUCAUCACAGGCCCUCUUCUCUUAUACGCCAGUCUCAACCCGACCGUCUUAUCCAAGAUCCCAUGGCCCCCCGCCAGAUCAACACUCCCCUUACCCUUCCGCAUUCCCUUCACCACCACCAACAGCAUCACUCUCCGUGCCGACCCGCCUCUCAGAGCGCUCAGAGUCCUCUUCGGGAUCGGCGUGGUCAUCCAUCUCAACAGGUUCCUGAACCGCUUGGCGCUGAACUACUGGCACGUCAAGAAACAAGGCGUCCCAUGGUCCUUCGACACCGAAGGCGAAGGUGCCGAAACCAUCGUCAUCACGGGCGGUUGUUCUGGGUUUGGCAGGGAAAUGGUCAAGAUGUUUGCCGCGCAGACGAAGGCCAACAUUGUCGUAUUGGAUAUUCAGGAAUUGCCUGAUGACCUCGAGAAGCUCCCACGAGUGACGCACCACACAAUCGACCUGUCAUCCCCCGAAUCGAUCACGUCGACCGUCACGAACCUGCUGCACGAGCACAAGAUUACGCCGACGGUGCUGAUCAACAACGCGGGGAUCGCGCAGGCGCACACGAUCCUCGACACGCCCGACAGCUACCUCUCGCGCAUCUUCCAGAUCAACGUGCUCUCGCACUUUACGCUGCUCCGGCUCGUGCUCCCCGUCAUGUUGCGCAGCCGCAAGGGCCACGUCGUCACCCUGGCCAGCAUGUCGAGCUACACGGGCGUGGCCAACCUGGCGGACUACUCAGCCACCAAGGCCGCCGUGCUGGCCCUCCACGAGUCGCUGGUCCAGGAACUCGCCCACCGCUACGACAACGGCCACUGCAUCCAGGCCUCGAUCGUGCACCCCGUGUGGGCCCGCACCCCGCUGAUCGCCUCGUGGGAGUCGGAGCUCAACCGCUCCAGGCAGCCCGUGCUGACGCCGCGGGACGUCGCCGCCGCCGUCGUCGCCCAGGUGCUCUCGGGGAGGAGCGGGAGCGUCUACGUCCCCGCGGAUCUCGAGCGAGGCACCCUCUUGAGGGCCGUGCCGGAUUGGAUCGCGUUGAUUGCGAGGGGAGGCUUCCAGUCUGCCACGAACACUGCUUGA